GAUUAUACUGUGUCACUCCAAGUGCAGCAUCAGCUAACGGUGUUUCCUACCCAUUUAUACCAGGGAUACAGUUUGGAGUUACAGUCUGCUGUGAUACACUGCCUGACACAGCAUGGCUGCCUCCUUCCUUCCCUAGAGGUAUCUCCAUUUCAGCAACUGAUAAUUGGUUCAGCUGGGACAUUAUGGUGCUUUGGGAUGCUUCGCUGCAGUGGUGAAAGUGCUCUGAAAAAAUGAAGUCUAAAGAGGUGGAUCAGGGGCUCUUCACUGACAGCUACUGCAAAGUGUGCAGCGCUCAGCUUAUCUCCGAAUCCCAGAGAGUGGCCCAUUAUGAGAGCCGAAAACAUGCAAAUAAAGUUCGCUUGUAUUACAUGCUGCAUCCGAUAGAUGGAGGAUGUCCGGCCAAGAAACUCAGGACAGACAAUGGCAGUGAGGAGGGUGAUGUGGACAAGAACAAAUGCUGCACGCUGUGUAACAUGUCUUUUACCUCGGCGGUGGUGGCACAGUCCCAUUACCAGGGCAAAAUCCAUGCCAAGAGGCUAAAACUCUUGCUGGGGGAGCAGCCGGCAAUAACUGCAAAAGAGGUGCCCCCAAGUCCAGUGAAGAUGCUCCCCGAGACUUCACCUGUCACCUCACCCCGACAGAGGAGGGACUCGGACAGGUACUGCCAGCUCUGCAAUGCCUGGUUCAAUAACCCUGGAAUGGCACAGCAGCAUUACGAUGGCAAGAAACACAAGAAGAAUGCAGCCCGGGCAGAUCUGCUGGAACAGCUGGGCAAGACACUGGAUGUCAGAGAGCUCAAAGGAUUAAAACGCAGUUAUACCUGUGAAGUCUGCAGCGUCACGUUGAACUCUGUAGCACAAUAUCAUGCACAUCUCCAGGGCUCCAAGCACCAGAACAACCUGAAGAAUCAGUUGUGAGGCCUGUCAAUAUUACAAAAGAAUGAAAGGAAUUGGCUUCAGCUGCUGUCAAGCCAGACGUUUUGAAGAUCAACACAACCUUCUCUUUCUAUUUCUCUGUAUUUCUCUGUCCCUGCUGGCCAUGAAAGCUAAAGGAAGGAUUUUUACUCAACCUGCCCCCAAGGUUCCACUCCAAAAUUCCUCCUAGCCCAGAACUCCUAAGUAGCAGAGAUAAGGGAUUUGGGAGGGGGGAGGGGUAUUGUGGCCAAGCCUUUAACUCUUUUUUAAAGCCCACAGUCCUCGAUUCCCAAUCUGUCAACAGUAAGGACUGAACAGAAGAACUGGAUCGCUAGCUUGUGCAUCAGUGGAAUGCUGUACCAGAGGCCAGAAUCAGAGGAGGGAGUGAAUUACUUCUAGUCUUUUAUUUGGCUUUUCUGUUGUUAGUGUUGUUGGUGUUGCGGUGUUAUUGUAUGUCUUUGGGGAUUUGUACUGUACCACAAUAUUAAUGGCGCUAAGGAAGAUGUAUAUCCUUCUUAAAAUAUUGUACUUGUAUAACAAGUGUAACAUCUUUCUCAUUGCAAAAAAUGAGUAGAGUUUGAGGAAAUUAUCUUUAUAACCUUUUUAGUUUCUAGAUGCAGAUGUCUGUUUAAAAACAUUUUAGAAAAUCCUGUUUUGAAAGGUUUAAAAUCAAAAGUGAAAUAAAAAUGCAAUGUACAUAAACAAACAUCAUGCAAAUAUUAGAUUCAUAUUCUAAUAUUAUAUGCACAUCUACUGUAUGUCUAUCCAUCUAAUUGCCUAUCUGAUUGUAUAUCAGAUAGCAGUCACUAUGAAUUAUGGGAAUGAAAAUUAAUCAGCUCUGUCUCACAGUUGAAAAAAGGAGCACCAUCAGAAUAUACUUCUGAUUUCUCUCUUGUUAUAUAAAGUCAAAGCUAGUAGCCUUAAAGGUGUUCCUUCAAAGAUAUAUAAACAUUAUAUACCCAUUUCACCCUCAGAGUUAUCUAUGCUGCACUGAUGAGCCCCGAUAAGAUGUUUACUUUGACCUUAUAUACACAAACGUGAAAUCAGAAAUGUGUCUAUCUAUACAUAAAUGAGUAUAUCAUCUGUCUCAUCGUUAAUGUUUUGAGGGGUUUUACUGCAGUUUAACAUCAGAAAAAAUAAUAAUAUUUUAUUAAUGAUGCAAUUGCUCAUCUUCUGAGAUAAAUAAUUCCCUUCAGUCUCCACAUGGUUUGUACAAGUACUACUGAUGAUGUGAUCACAGUCUCAGGGAGUUUAAAGUUGAUUACAUAUUGUAUUAUUUUUGUUUUCCUUUUUCAGCUUCACUUGAAUCAAAGUAGUUUGUUCUCAGACCUUUAAAAAACCUACUGAGUACUGUAGACAUUGCUAGUUUUAAUCUAGGUAUUUCACCAAGAUGUAACACAAAACAGUUCUGCUGAUCUUGGAUGGGUUUGAAUUGGCCAGGUUAGUCUCUGUUUGUCUUGUAACCAUGACUAACAUGACAUUGUGAGCACCCAGGUGUUUGCCAUGUUGAUAGUGAGAACUCUACUCCCAUUAUAGCUAUCAGCAUUAGCUCUGUUGCCACUAUAGAACCCGCAGUGCAAAAAUAUUUCUGAUUUUUUAAAAAGUACAGAUUUUGAAGAAAAAUGCAGAGUAUUUAAGUCUCAGAAUCUUCAUCAUUUUUAUUAGUAAAUUUUGAUAGGUGGAUUACUCUGUUUCAAAAUAAACGUAUUCAGUUCCAAAUUUUGAAUAUUCCAUGACAAUAAUCAAUCUUUGAAAGAAUGUUUUUGUUGAUUUUCUGUCAUGUCACAUUUUCAGACUGAUUUACAGUACAAAAGUAUACAGACUCUUCUUGUGGUGUCCAAUUCACUGAGGUUACACCAUGAUGCUUACUGUAUACUUUUGCUGUUACAGUACUUAGAUUUUUUUACUGUAAAAAUGUAUCCUUUUUUCAAUACCCAAAUACUCAAACUAAAGAUUUCUAAGGAUCAGAUAAGUUACAGUAAAUAUCAGCAAACACUAGAGAGAAGAAAACUGAAAUAUGUUGAUUGCAUAUUAAGUAUGCAAUCAACAUAUUCAUACCUGUGAAUCCAAUGUUUAGUUGAAGGGCCUCUGGCUGCAAUUACAGCCACGGCAUUUUGAGUACUACCACCUUUGCACACUGACUUCGUAAAUUUUUACUUGACUGGGCCAAACGAAAGGGUUUUCAUUUUUUUAUUUUUAACCCACUCUAGUGUUGCUUUGGCCUUGUUCUUUAGAUCAUUGUUCUGCUGAAAAGUGAACUUUUAUACCUGUCGUAAGUGUGAAGCAAAUUAAUGUAAUUAUGUGCACCUUAAUAAGUUUAGAAUCGUCAUUGCAAAGAAAUUGAAUGAGUUCAUGAGUUUUCCAUUUUUUUUUCCACAUAUAUUUUCUUCUUUUUUUGUUUUAUUUUUUCCUUUGAAUGUGCGGAGUAGUUUGUGUAUAUAACACAUUAAUAACUUCUUAAACAUAUUAUCACUGCAAGUUUUAAAGCAACAAUAUGUGAAAACUGUGCCAGGGCCUGAAUACUUUUACAAGGCUUUGUAUAUGAAGCUCUUCAAAGGAACUAAGCACAAGAUGUGUAAUGACAUAUUUGACAACUGCGCAGCUAACAAUUAUCUACAUAUAACUGACAGGAAGCCCAAACAAUGUGAAGAAAGGAAGAUUUAGGAGGAAAUACUUAACUUCUAAUCUCAAUUAAAUUAUUUCUGAGACAGAGUAAAACCAUAAUCAACUUUCAAGAUCAUGUCUGUGUUGUUUCUCAAGAAGAAAUAAAUAUACUUAUAACAUGGAUAGUGUCCAACUGAUUCCCAUGGUUUUCCAUGGGUUCAACCUUAGAAACCAUUGUCCAAGGUUUGUGAUUCAAAAAAGUGAAGAAAACUCAGCUGUAAAAAAUUCUCAUUGAGAGCUGGAACUUGUACUAUGUAAUGGAACUAUGUAAUGACAAGAAGUCAGCACUCCUGUAAAAAUGCAUUUAAUUAAAAUUUCCAUUAUAAAAAAAUGGGAAAUGUCAGAGCAGGCAAAAGCAUUGCAGCUCUCAAGGCUUUCUCAGUAUAGUAAAACAGCCUUUUUGAAAAAAAAAAUCUAUAACUAUAUAAAAAACUAUAUUUUGUAGUCCUAAACAUGAAAUUAAUUCUUAAAUUUGUAUUAUACCCAAGUUUCCUCUGGUUUGAAAGACUGUUUCCUUUUCCCUAGAUAGAUUUCAUACGUUAUCCCCAGUCCUGAUAACAUUUUGGUGUUUUAGAUUCUGUAUUGUACAGCUUCUUCAGGAAAGCACCUUUAUGAAUAAAAAACACUUCCAACUA